AUGUCUAAGUUGGAUUUCAAAGAUAAGGUAGUUAUCAUCACCGGUGCAGGUGGUGGUUUAGGUAAAUACUACUCACUCGAAUUUGCCAAGAGAGGUGCCAAGGUUGUUGUUAACGACUUGGGUGGUGCUUUGAAUGGGCAAGGUGGAGACUCCAAGGCUGCUGAUGUGGUUGUUGAAGAAAUUAAGAAAAACGGUGGUACCGCUGUUGCUGACUACAACAAUGUCCUUGACGGUGACAAGAUUGUUGAGACUGCUGUCAAGAACUUUGGUACUGUUCAUAUUGUUAUCAACAAUGCCGGUAUCUUGAGAGAUGCUUCAUUCAAAAAGAUGACUGAAAAGGAUUUCAAAUUGGUUAUCGACGUCCACUUGAACGGUGCUUUUGCCGUUACCAAGGCUGCUUGGCCAUAUUUCCAAAAACAAAACUAUGGUAGAAUUGUCAACACCUCAUCACCAGCUGGUUUGUACGGUAAUUUUGGUCAAACCAACUAUUCUGCUGCCAAGUCAGGUUUGAUUGGUUUUGCUGAAACUUUGGCCAAGGAAGGUGUCAAGUACAAUAUUAUUGCCAACACCAUUGCUCCAUUGGCUAGAUCAAGAAUGACUGAAUCGAUUAUGCCACCACCAAUUUUGGAAAAAUUGGGCCCUGAAAAGGUUGCUCCAUUGGUUUUAUACUUGUCUCAUGCUGACAAUGAACUCACUGGUCAAACUUUUGAAGUUGCUGCUGGUUUUUUCGGACAAAUAAGAUGGGAAAGAUCAGGUGGUAUCUUGGUUAAACCAGACCAAUCUUUUACUGCUGAAGUUGUUGCCAAGAGAUUUAGCGAAGUUCUUGACUUUGACGAUUCAAAGAAACCAGAAUUGUUGAAGAACCAGCACCCAUUUAUGUUGAAUGACUACUUGUCAUUGACUGAAGCAGCUAGAAAAUUGCCAUCCAAUGACGCUUCUGGUGCACCAGCUGUUUCCUUGAAGGAUAAAGUUGUCUUGAUUACCGGUGCUGGUGCUGGUUUGGGUAAGGAGUAUGCCAAAUGGUUUGCUAGAUACGGUGCCAAGGUUGUUGUCAACGAUUUCAAAGACGCCUCCAAGACUGUUGAAGAAAUCAAGGCUGCUGGUGGUGAAGCUCAUGCUGAUCAACACGAUGUUGCCACUCAAGCUGAAGCCAUUAUGGAAAAUGUCUUGAACAAGUAUGGUACUAUUGAUGUCUUGGUUAACAAUGCAGGUAUCUUGAGAGACAGAUCAUUUGCCAAGAUGACCAAGCAAGAAUGGGACUCAGUCCAAGCUGUCCAUUUGUUGGGUACCUUUAACUUGUCAAGAUUGGCUUUCCCAGUCAUGUCAGAAAAGAAGUAUGGUAGAAUUGUCAACAUCACUUCGACUUCAGGUAUCUAUGGUAACUUUGGUCAAGCUAACUACUCAUCAGCCAAGUGUGCCAUUUUAGGUUUAUCCAAGACCAUUGCUAUUGAAGGUGCCAAGAACAACAUCAAGGUUAACAUUGUUGCUCCACAUGCUGAAACCGCCAUGACUUUGACUAUUUUCAGAGAAGAAGACAAGAAUUUGUACCAUGCUGAUCAAGUUGCUCCAUUGUUGGUUUACUUGGCUUCUGAAGAUGUUCCAGUUACCGGUGAAACUUUCGAAAUUGGUGGUGGAUGGAUUGGAAACACCAGAUGGCAAAGAGCUAGUGGUGCCGUUUCCAAGGAUGCCGACACUACCGUUGAGUUUGUUAGAGACCACUUGUCCGAAAUUGUUGACUUUAGCAAAGACACUGAGAAUCCUAAAUCUACUCAAGAAUCAUCUAUGGCCAUCUUGUCUGCUGUUGGAGGUGACGAUGACGAUGAUGAAGAUGAAGAAGAUGAGGGUGAUGAAGAGGAGGAGGAUGAAGAACCAGAAGAUGAAGAUGAUCCAGUUUGGAGAUUCAAUGACAGAGAUGUUAUCUUAUACAACAUCUCUCUUGGCGCCACUACUAAACAAUUGCAAUAUGUUUAUGAAAACGAUAGUGAUUUCCAAGUCAUUCCAACUUUUGGUCACUUGAUCACCUUCAACUCGGGUCAAUCACAAAGUUCAUUUGCCAAGUACUUGAAGAACUUCAACCCUAUGCUUUUGUUGCAUGGUGAACAUUACUUGAGAGUCCAUAAAUGGCCACCACCAACUGAAGGUGAAUUGAGAACUUCAUUCCACCCAGUUCAAACCACUCAAAAGGGAUCCAAUGUGGUUAUUGUUCACGGAUCACAAUCGAUUGACAACAAGACCCAAGAACCAAUCUACUCGAAUGAAGCCACUUAUUUCAUUAGACAGUGUCAAGCCGAAAACAAGGUUUUCCAAGACAGAAGAUCAUUUGCCACUAACCCAUGGACAGCACCAAAGAGAGACCCAGACUACCAAGUUGACGUGCCAGUUUCCGAAGAUUUGGCUGCCUUGUACAGAUUGAAUGGUGACCGUAACCCAUUGCACAUCGAUCCAAACUUUGCCAAGGGAGCCAAGUUCCCUAAACCAAUCUUGCAUGGUAUGUGCACUUAUGGUUUGAGUGCUAAGGUUUUGAUUGACAAGUUUGGUAUGUUUGAUGAAAUCAAGGCUAGAUUUACUGGUAUUGUCUUCCCAGGUGAGACUUUGAGAGUGUUGGCCUGGAAGGAAGGUGAGAAUGUUAUUUUCCAAACUCACGUUGUUGACAGAGGUACUAUUGCUAUUAACAAUGCUGCCAUUAAGUUGAUUGGUAACAAGCCAAGUUUGUAA